ACUGACGAAUGUGUUCUUGGGAAGCACAAUUUCUCUGCCAUGAUUGAAGACGAGAAUCCCUGUCUCACAAAAAUCCAUGGAUCUCUUAUACUACAUAGAACGACGCUCAAAUUUCAACAACGAUUUUGGCCCACCGACUUGUCGGAUACGCUCAAUGAAAAUUUUGAGCAGUGAAAAAGCUCAGACGGGUUGAUUUCGCUUUGCUCUGUUGCCAAACCAUGGACCCACUGAAGCUCCGCCGUGUAUUGGUGCUUCUCUUCCUGGGUUUAGUGGGAUGGCCGAUGACGUCGGUUAGCGCCGCCGCUGGUGGCGGUGGUGAUUCGGCGAGUUGUCGGUUUCCGGCUGUGUACAACUUCGGUGACUCGAACUCAGACAAAGGAGGAAUACCAGCUGCAUUCGAUGCGAUUCAAUCACCCAAUGGCAUGACAUUCUUUGGACAUCCUUCUGGGAGGGCCUGCGAUGGCCAUCUCAUUAUAGACUUCAUGGCCGAGAAGCUGAAAGUUCCUUACCUGAGUGCAUAUCUGGAUUCAGUAGGAACAAGCUUUAGGUAUGGAGCUAAUUUUGCAACCGGCGGUUCGUCGAUUCGUCCAGGUGGUUACAGCCCUUUUCAUCUUGCUGUCCAAGUCUCACAGUUCAUCCAGUUCAAAUCCCGCACCACCUAUCUAUACAAUAUACUCCACUCCCCCAACAGCACAGCUAUACCAAUGGAAAGCAGUAUCGCGAGGCCCCGGGAGUUUUCGAAGGCGCUAUAUAUUUUCGAUAUUGCACAGAACGAUCUCUUCCAUGGCUUCCAUUACUCAUUUGAAGAACAAGUUAGAGCUUCCAUUCCAGACAUGAUAAACACGUUCUCUGAAGCUGUGCAACAAUUGUACAAGGAAGGGGCAAGGUAUUUCUGGGUGCAUAACACAGGUCCAAUUGGAUGUCUGCCUUACUCUAUAUUGUAUAACAAAAGUCCUGAUAAUCGAGAUAGCAAUGGGUGCGUGGAGAGCCAGAAUGAAGUCUCUCGAGAAUUUAAUCGACAGCUGAAGAGUCGGCUGCUAAAGCUGGGGAAAAAGCUUCCUCUAGCUAGAAUUAUACACAUAGACAUGUAUUCAGCCAAGUAUCUGCUCAUAUCCAAAGCGAAAACUCAAGGUUUUGUUAAGAAUCCAGUAAAGUUUUGCUGUGGGAGUUACUAUGGCUAUCACAUUGAUUGUGGAAAAAGAGAAGUUGUGAAUGGAACAGUUUAUGGAAAUCCUUGCAAGGAUCCAUCAAGGCAUAUUAGCUGGGAUGGCAUACACUACUCUGAGGCUGCAAACUUGUGGAUUGCUAACCAUAUUUUGAAUGGCUCAUUUUCAGACCCACCAUUGCCAAUUGACAAAGCUUGUCAAGCUCCUCGUUACGCAUGAUAAUCACGGAAUCGAACAUUUCGAGCGAAAUGGAAACAUCAAAUGUCUGAUUGACAAAUAUAUGAGCAUUAUAGAUACUCCUCUGCCACAACGUCUCAACACUACAAAUUUUCACAUUAGCGUCUGAUUCUGUCGAAAAUCACGCUUGCACCUUUAGAAUUUGGUCCAGUUGUAUUAGAAAUGGCAAAAGUUUAUGAACAUUGUUCGGGCUAUGAACUCUGAGAAUUAUUGGUGUCUCGUAGAGAAGUUGGGUAGAUAAACCAAGCUAUCCAUGUGUUUGUACUUAUUAAAAGCACUUUUUUUAGGUACUUAAAAGGUCAUUUCAAACCUACUAUCAAAUUUUUCCUACUCUAAAAAGUCCUCCCUCUCUUGGAUUGUCGUCAGUUGGGACCCUAAACUAAGAAGUCAGAGGUUCGAUUUCUUCCACCCCGCUUGCCCUCGGCUCGGCUCGGCUCGCACCAUGUUUCUGGUUAGAAAAAGGAAACUUGUAAGUUCACUCACAGCCAUGUUUGUCGCCAUUCCUAGUUGAGAACAAUAUAAUCUUAUCCAAAAGGGAAUCAGAUUGGGCCUUUUAAAA